GUUUGUUAUUAUUAUUUAGUCUUUUCUUUACCGCGGCUGCAAAAUUUUGGUUAAUGGCCACCGCGACGAAGUCCCUAUCCACAUCAAACAACAACACAGAUGCUAAUAAUGGAUUGCUCUCUGCCACCGUUGUGGCUGGCCUUAAGAAUCUGGGGACAACGCUAACAGCGGCCAUCAGUAAAACGCUUAUUGCAAAUUCACUGAAAUUGACGCUCCAUCCAGAUGCAAUUAUUGCACCAGUGCCAGAGAUAUAUGCAACGAACGCUGCCAUCGCUAAACAGAGCGAAUAUGCCGUGGUCACGUUAUACGCCGUUGCCACCAAACAUGCCUGGGACAGUGGAACGCUGCUGCAGCAACUGGAGGCACUUGCUCUACAUUCCAGCGCGAUAGAGGAGCUGACGCGCGUUUACGAGGACAAUCGCAAGGAGCUGGUGCUGCGUCAACUGCAGCUGGGACACAAUUUUCCACACAUCACCGACGUGCAGUGGCGCAUUGCUUGCGAUGUGAAAUCCUCCACGUCCAGCAGCAGCAGCGGUGCUCCACACUUUAUUAUUAAUCUCGGCCAGUAUCGGCAAAGCAGCGGCGAGCGUGUCACAAUUGUUGAGUUCAUGUGCAAUGCCGAGGAGCUGCAAUCAUUGAUAAAUCGUCUCAAGGAUAUUGAAAGACACUGCAAUCAGGUUGCCAUGACUUAAGCCAAAUUCAAAUAAGAUAACAAAUUGCUUUUCUGUAUAUACAUAUAUAUGUGUUUAAUACAUAUAUGUGUGUGUGUUUUAAUUUAAAGUUUUGUACACAAUGCUUGUCACAAGUCCAAACAAAAAGGGGUUGACAUUUAACACAGUUGUCAUCACUAAACGGCUA